AUGGAGAACCGACGUUCUAUGGAACAUUGUAGAAAAGAUGCUUUAGAAUUACUCCUAGAAAUACAGAAUAGAUUUAUUCAACAAAAUAAGAGGGAUAAGUUUGAUGAAUUUAUCAGAUUCUACAUGGCUUAUCAUAAGGAAAAAAGGACUGAUGGUGUGGAUUAUACAGAAAGAUUUAAGGAAAUAUUUAAAGAUAAUAGAGAUUUGCUAUUGAGAUUAAACAACUUCUUGCCAAUUGGAUGUGAAAUCAAACUUCCAUCGGAGGGUGAACAAUCUUGCCCAAAGAAGCAUGUAAAAAUGGAAGAUGCUAUAAAUUUUUUAAAGAAGAUAAAGGCUCGGUUUCAUGGCGUAGACGAUGUUCACAUUUACUAUUCAUUACUUAACGUAUUAAAUAUGUACUAUAAGAAACAACAGUCUUUCACCGACGUCUGCCAAGAGGUUGCUUUUAUUUUCAAAGGUUAUUCCGACAUUCUUGAUGAAUUUACUCAUUUUCUCCCGGAAGCUUAUUCUAAUUAUUUUGCUACUCAAAAUUCUGAUUUCGCUCUAAUUCGUGAAUUCGAGAUUCUUGAUUUCGAUCGAUUGGUGAGAACGUUGGAACCAUGA